GGAGUUAUAGGGCCCUGACUAUGUACUCUCUGGCUGCGUGAUGCACCGGCUGUUUUUGAUACUUGUCUCUCAGGUUUGAUGAACAAUGGGGAAGAAAGAUAAAAAUAAGAAAAAAGGAAAAGGAGCAGAAAAAACUGCGGCAAAGACAGAAAAGAAACUAACACAGAAACGGAAGAAGGAGCUGGCUGCUAUUGGUGAAGAUGAUAUCGAGAAGAUAGUUGCUGAAAUAGAAAAAGAAGAAAAAAAGAGAUUGCAAGUUGUGGAAAAAGUUGUGGAACCCCCAUCUAGAAGAGUAAACUUCUCAUUGGUUCCUCACCCUCUGAAGGAUGAACUUAUUUUAUUUGGAGGAGAAUUCUUCAAUGGACAGAAAACCUUCUUGUACAAUGAUCUCUUUCUGUACAAACCUUCUCGCAAUGAAUGGCUGAUUCUGAAGGCCCCAGCAGGCCCUCCCCCUCGCUGUGGUCACCAGAUGGUGGCUCUGUCUGCCAACCAGGGGCAGUUGUGGCUCUUUGGUGGAGAGUAUGCCAGUCCCUCUCAAGAGCAGUUUUACCACUAUCGGGAUCUGUGGUUGUUUCACAUGGCUGAUAAGAAGUGGGAGAAAAUUAAUGCCCCAGGAGGACCUUCUGCUAGAAGUGGCCAUCGCAUGGUGUGUGUGAAGAAACAACUUAUUGUAUUUGGUGGCUUUCAUGAUGUGCUGCGAGACUACAAAUAUUUCAAUGAUCUCUAUGCAUUCAACCUUGAGAAUUAUACUUGGGUAAAACUGGAACCAUCAGGCACUCCCCCAUCUCCACGUUCUGGUUGCGUUAUGGCUGCCCUUCCUGAUGGUCGAGUAAUGAUUUAUGGAGGCUACAGUAAAACACGUGUGAAAAAGGAUGUAGACAAGGGAAAUGUUCAUACUGAUAUGUUCAUCCUGUCUCCUGAAAUUCAAAUCUCUGGCAAGAAAGACAAAGAUGGGAAAAGUCACAGAAGACGAAGGAAAGAAAAGGAUUCUCAAGAAGAUAAAGAAGCUGAUGAAGGAAGUUGCAGCGAAGAAGAAGAAGAAGAUGUGGAGGAAGCAUUGCCAGCUGUAAUUGAAGAUGGUGUCUUCACUAUGACUUUAGGUACGGCAAGUACAUCAACUGUUCAGGAAACUGUCGUAUCAGAAUCUUCAAAUAAAACAAAAUAUUUUGUGCCCUCCCCUCGCAUGAAUUGUGGACUCGCUGUGAAGGGUGGUGUUCUCUACCUGUAUGGAGGGAUGAUAGAAGAUGGAGAUAGACAGUACACAUAUUCGGAUUUUUAUUCUUUGGACUUACACAAACUUGACGAGUGGAAGACCAUAAUCCCCAAUGAUUUGAGUACCCAGGAGUGGUUUGAGUCAGAUAGUAGUAGUGAUAAUGAAAGUGAAAAUGAAGAGGACAGUGAAAGUGAAGAAGAAGCAAUGGAAGAGGACAAUAAUGAGGAAGAAAGUGAUAUUACCAUGGAUGAAUUGAAACGUGACAAAAAUUGUUGACUGGAUUAUUAAAUGGUGUGAACUACAAAUUUGCAUUGAAUUAUUCAGAAAAUGCUAUUCGCAUUGCUACAAGAACAAUUUCUUUUCAUACAAAUUUUUAAGGUAAAAUUCCUGAGAUACCAAGUACUAUCUCUUCUUUAACUCUUAGAGAAGUAAGUGAAAAGCAAAUCAAUGCAACACACAUUACAAAACACCACAAAUGACACACGAAUGUAUUUUAUUCAUGCAAAUUAUCCAAUAGAUGUUAUUAAUGCGAUUCGAUCAUACAAACCUUAUUGUUUCACCUUUUCAUUUUUCCCCCUUAAGGGGAAGAAAAAUAAAAAGUAUUUUGUUUGACUCAUAUGGAUGUCUUUAUGAGUAAAAGCCAUGAUCACAUUAUGCUUCCAAUCUUUUCAGUUUUAACUUUCCUGGUGAUACUGAAUUUAAAAAAAAUUAUUUUGAAGUUAAAUACUUAACUCUUGCAACUUUCAGUAAAUAGUAUGCCAUUUUACAUUUGAGUGUUUUCAGCCUAAUUCAAGAGACUCUAGAUUUACCUAGAGAAGGGCCAUGUUGCUAAUCCUGAUAUGCAAUAGGUCUGAGCAAUUGAGGAAUGACAUACAUAUGUGUGAUAUAUUCAUAAGAAAUAAAUUUAAAAAACAGUAAUUAUAAUAAAAAUAUGAAUGAAAAUGUUUAUAAAUGAAAUAUCUAACAAAGUUUGUAUUUAUAUACUCAUUAGAGAAGAAUAUUGAUAAAUUUUAAAUCGGUUUUGAAACAAAAUUUAUUUCUGUUUAUAUUUCUUAAAAUUUGUUCUUAAAAGGAACUUAGAAAUAUUUUCCCACAUUAUGGUGUUUCUGAAUUAUUGUUUACUGUUACUACUGAUUGAAACAGCAAAUAAUCAGUUCAUUCUCAGGAUGUGUGCUCAUGACUUUCCAUGCUGCAUACUUCAUGCAUGUCUUAUGAUAUGACCUAGUUUCCUCAAUGCUCCUUGCUGCCUCGUUUCCAAGUACUAUCCUCCGUUAAAUUUCAAAUGAAAGUGAAUUA